AUGCCGUCACCGAAGGAGCGAGCUGAUGCUUCGAAUGCUGGCGACAAAGGCUCUGGGCACGUGGUGCUACAGCCAUCCAAUGCAUCGAGCCGCCGCAGAGGUCGUGCGGGUCGACAGUUCUUCGUUGUAGUAGCGGUCGCCUCACUCAUGUUGAGCGUAUAUUCGCUAGCGACAUCAAAGAGCCACCUGCACAUCCUGUCAUCUCAACUCACAUCGCUGCCUUCGCGCUAUGCUAUUUGCUCAGCCGAACACCGCGGUGAACUCGAUCUCUCCCCCACAACCCAUACGGCAACUUCGAUCUACACGGGAGACGAGCAGCGUUUCGCUGACCAACAAGGCUUCACGCAGUGCGUCGCAGUGGAAGACGGUGUGAUCAUCGACGUCGGAAGCGAGCAAGAUGUGCUGUCAAAAUUCUGCGGCCUUCAUGAGCCACACACUAGUUCCGGCUCUGCCAGCAAACAUCAAUGGCGUGGCCCGCGCAGCAACAAAGCAGCACGACUCAAUCGCCAUGCCAAGGGCAGGAAAGGAGGCGUACUGCGAAGGAAGGACAAAUGUGUCGUACGAAGACUCAGAAAUGGUCAGGCACUCUUUCCUGGCUUUCACGAUGCGCACGGCCACAUUCUCGACUAUGGCUGGUCUCGCACCGUCGCCAAUCUCGUUGGAUCUACCAGUGUUCGCGACGUCAUCGAUAGGUUGGAAGCCUACGUUCGGUCUAGGCCUGAUCUCAUGGCAUUCGCUCUCGCGAACGAGGCCAAGGCUGCUGCGAACGAACCGUCGGUACCCUGGAUCGAGGGGAUAGGAUGGGACCAAACCAAAUGGACACCCUCCGAAUUUCCGACCGCCGCCGAUCUUGACCGCUCAACGCUACUGCAGCGUUUCCCUAUCGUCCUCCGCCGUAUCGACGUGCAUGCGUUGUGGCUCAGUGGGAAGGGUCUCGACAAGGUCGUGAGCGGUGCCAAAGGAUUUCCGACAUCGCCGAAAGAUGAUCACAAAGUGCAAGGGGGGCUCGUCAUCCGUGGGCCUGACGACAAACCCACGGGCGUGCUCAUCGACAACGCCAUGAAUUUUGCCUAUCAGGUGAUCCCAGAAUGGCCCGACGAAAAACGCAAGAUCUUCCUCGAUGCGGCCACAGAAGGUCUUCUCCGCGUCGGCAUCACUGCCGUUGGCGACGCAGCGACUGAUCUCAAAGCCGCUGCCUUCUACAAGAGGAUGGACGCAGAGGGCCAGCUACGCUUCCGCAUAUAUUCGAUGCUCGCUUGUCCUCCUGAUGAGAGGCGAUGUGCGCAUCGGAUCGAGCAAGUCGAGCCAGCGAGCGGACUCGCAAAUACCACUGAAGGCAGACAGGGCAUGUUCACGUUGCGUGCGGUCAAGCUGUUCAACGACGGUGCGCUUGGCUCGUGGGGAUCUGCAAUGUGGGAAGACUACGCGGACAAGCCUGGAGAGCGAGGUCUUUUGCUCAUACCAGAGCAGGAGCUACCCUCGUUGGUCGAUUACUGGAUGGAGAGAGGCUGGCAGGUCUGUACGCACGCCAUCGGCGAUCGAGCCAACACGCUCACGCUCGAUGCAUACGAACAGUAUCUCGGCUCGCAUCCUGGCGUCGAUCGACAAUCGCUCAGACCCAGAGUCGAACAUGCUCAGCUGAUGAAGCCAUCCGACAUCGAUCGUUUCGCGUCGCUCGGAAUCAUCGCUUCGAUGCAGCCGACCCACUGUACCUCUGACAUGGGCUACGUCGAGUCUCGUAUUGGCGCGGCGCGCGCAUCGAACGGCGCUUACGCCUGGAAGUCGCUCCUGGCUGCUAAUGCGAGUCUUCCACUCGGCUCCGACUUUCCCGUCGAGCUGCCUGAUCCGCUACACGGAAUCUACUCCGCUAUCACGCGUCUCGACCCCCACGGCGAUUCUCCGCACGGCUCGGAUGGCUGGUUUCCCCACGAAAAGCUCACACGACGGGAAGCGCUCAGAGGGUUCACACAGAACGCUGCAUUUGCACAAUUCGAAGAGGACGUCGCCGGGAGCAUAGAGGUUGGCAAGAGGGCGGACUUCACUUUGCUGGAUCGAAACAUUCUGGACGAAGACAAGGUUAGCCCGGCGAUGCUGAGGAACGCAAAGGUGGAUGCAACCAUUGUCCGCGGCAAAGUUGCUUUUGAUCGAUAUGCUGCUGCUGAUGCGGGCGUGACAUCGAGACAGCCGAGGGCAGGCGGCUUCGCUGAUCACAUAGCGCAGCGUAUCCAAAAGCUAGGUGCUUUGAUCUCUACCCGAUUUUUCGGACUGUCGGUUGACUCUACAUCGACGCUCUGGGCUACACUCCUCCUCGGCGGCCUCUUCCUGCUGCUCCGUUCGAACGAGAAGGAAGCGUACGAAAGCCUAUCGUGCCUUGCCCUCAACACGCAACCUCCAACUACCGCCUGGAUGAACAUGGGUUUCUGGACUCCGCAACUUGCCCGCUCGCAGCUCGACUUUCCGCUAGCAUGUCAGACGCUCGCUCAGGAGCUGUACACUGCAGCGCGGGUCAGGCCUGGGAUGAAAGUGCUGGACGUCGGUUGCGGAGCUGGUCAAUCGACGCUGUUCCUGCUGGAAGAGUACAAGCCAAAAGUGUUGCACGCGGUGACGAGCUUGCCGCAGGAAGCUGCAUUUGCCGCUCAGCGACUCCAGUGGCGUUUGCAAUCCGGCGACAACAAGAACGUUGAGGACACGCAGGUCAAAGUUUGGGGAGAGGAUGUCCUCGAGUGGCUGCGAAGCGGGAAAGGAGACGGCGAAAAGUACGAUGUGAUCCUCGCGCUCGACUGCGCGUUCCAUUUCAGCGAUCGAGCAGAGUAUAUCCGGUUGGCGACCAAGAGGUUGAACGCGGGAGGUCGGCUCGCAUUUGUCGACUUGCUGUCCGCAUAUCCUGCGCCUUCUACCACGUCGUCGAUGAACUUGGAGCUCGGUGGCCCACCGUACCCCAAGGAGGCACCUUCGCUGAUGCAACGACUCAAGCACAGUUUUACGUGCACUUUGGCUUCGACCAAGCCGGCUAACCUUUGGCCCGUCGAUCGCUACUUUGACAUCCUCCGCAAAGAAGGUGGCUUCGAUGACAAGAACAUUCGAAUGCGUGACAUUAGCACAUCUGUUUUCCCUGGCUUUGCUCGCUUCUUGCGGUCGUUCGCAACGGAGGGAGCAGCAUGGAGAGGUGGCGGGUGGCCGAUGCGUAAAGGUCUCGGAGCGUUCAGCAGUGUCGUCCAGGGUUGGAGCGAGGAAGGCGGAUUGGUGCGGAUGUUUAUCAUUGUUGCGCAGAAGGAUGGCGAGGAAGAGGCGAGAGGGUCUUCUUGA